AUGGCGUCGUCAAGCUCUGGAAGUUCAAUUCCCGCUCUAGAGGCUGUUCAAGUUCUGGUUUCGUCACUCGCUGAUGAAUCCCCCAUGGUCAGAGAGGCCUCCAUAGCCUCGCUCAAGGACAUUGCUGCCCUGAGCCCUCUCUUAGUUCUCGAUUGUUGCUCGGCCAGUUCGCGAGGAGGACGUCGGCGUUUUGGUAACAUGGCUGGGGUUUUCCAAGUGAUGGCAUACGGAGUCAGAGCCUUGGACAAGGACGAAGUGGACCCUCUUUUCAUGUCUAAGAUCGCGAAGAUUGCCACCGCAGAGAUCAUCUCCUCCAAGGAGCUCAAUACAGACUGGCAAAGAGCUGCAUCAGGCCUUCUUGUUUCAAUUGGCUUACAUUUACCAGACCUAAUGAUGGAAGAAAUUUUUCUACAUUUACCUGGGCCAAACUCAGCUUUACCAGCUAUGGUUCAGAUACUAGCAGACUUUGCUUAUGCUGAUGCAUUGCAGUUCACCCCACGAUUGAAAAAUGUGCUUUCACGGGUUCUACCUAUUCUUGGAAGUGUACGAGAUGUCCAUCGACCGAUUUUUGCUAAUGCUUUUAAAUGUUGGUGUCAGGCUGUUUGGCAAUAUAGUCUUGACAUCCCUUCGCAUUCACUUCUGGAUGGUGACAUCAUGUCAUUUCUGAAUUCUGUUUUUGAGCUUUUGUUGAGAGUUUGGGCGGCUUCACGGGAUCUAAAGGUUCGCAUAUCUUCUGUAGAAGCAUUAGGUCAGAUGGUUGGCCUUAUUACCCGGACACAAUUGAAGGCGGCUUUACCCAGACUUGUCCCCACAAUAUUGGAAUUGUAUAAAAGAGAUCAAGAUGUUGCCUUUUUGGCAACAUGCAGUCUUCACAAUCUCUUACAUGCUUCUUUACUGUCAGAAAGUGGUCCUCCUUUACUUGAUUUUGAGGAGCUCACAGUCAUUCUAUCAACACUCCUGCCGGUGGUUUGCAUCAAUAAUGACAACAAGGAGCAUUCAGAUUUCUCAGUUGGACUGAAGACAUAUAAUGAAGUUCAACGUUGCUUCCUGACAGUUGGUUUGGUAUACCCUGAGGAUUUAUUUGUGUUCCUUAUUAAUAAAUGCAGAUUGAAGGAAGAACCUUUGACGUUUGGUGCGCUAUGUGUUCUAAAACAUCUCUUGCCAAGGCUAUCUGAAGCUUGGCACAAUAAACGGCAUAAUCUUGUUGAAGCUGUACAAUUCUUGCUAGAUGAUCAAGAUUUAGGUGUCCGAAAGGUGCUUUCAGAGUUGAUUGUCGUUAUGGCUUCACAUUGUUACUUAAUUGGUCCGUCUGGGGAGCUGUUUGUGGAAUAUCUUGUGCGUCAUUGUGCUUUAACAGAUAAGGAUAGUAAUGACCUUGAGAGGUCCAAGGAUGCAUCAGGCAACCCAGAUAUUCCUUUCCAAUACAAGAGAUUGGAGGUGAAAAUUGGGACACUUUGUCCAGCAGAGUUAAGGGCAAUCUGUGAAAAAGGCCUUCUUCUGCUGACUAUUACGAUCCCAGAAAUGGAGCAUAUACUUUGGCCUUUUCUACUGAAGAUGAUUAUUCCACAGGCUUAUACUGGUGCAGUUGCUAUGGUUUGCAGAUGCAUCUCAGAAUUGUGCAGGCAUAGAUCUAAUAGCAAUACUAUGCUUGCUGAGUGUAAAGCUCGUGCUGAUAUACCAAAUCCCGAGGAGCUUUUUGUUCGCUUGGUGGUGCUUUUGCAUGAUCCUUUAGCGAGGGAGCAGCUGGCGAGCCAGAUUUUGACAGUUCUUUGCUAUCUGGCACCUCUCUUUCCAAAAAAUAUCAACUUGUUUUGGCAAGAUGAGAUUCCAAAAUUAAAGGCAUAUGUUAGUGACACAGAAGAUUUAAGGCAAGAUCCUUGUUAUCAAGAGACUUGGGACGACAUGAUAAUCAAUUUUUUUGCAGAAUCUUUGGAUGUGAUUCAAGAUUCUGACUGGGUGAUACCCCUUGGAAAUGCAAUUACGAAACAGUAUGGACUUUAUACAUCUGAUGACGAACACUCUGCACUUCUUCAUCGCUGCUUUGGUGUGUUUCUUCAAAAAGUGAAUGACAGGGCCUAUGUCCGGGAUAAGAUAGAUUGGAUGUAUAAACAAGCUAACAUCACAAUUCCAACAAAUAGGCUUGGUUUGGCAAAAGCCAUGGGGCUGGUUGCAGCAUCCCACUUGGACACAGUCCUGGAAAAGCUAAAAGGCAUUCUGGAUAAUGUUGAGCAAAGCAUUUUUCGAAGAUUCUUAUCUUUUUUCUCUGAUGAUUUUAAAACCGAAGACUCUGACGAUAUACAUGCUGCUUUGGCUCUAAUGUAUGGAUAUGCUGCAAAAUAUGCUCCGUCAACAGUAAUUGAAGCCAGAAUAGAUGCACUUGUGGGGACUAAUAUGCUCUCACGGCUUCUUCAUGUGCGCCACCCUACUGCAAAGCAAGCAGUCAUUACUGCUAUCGAUUUACUAGGUCGUGCUGUCAUUAAUGCUGCAGAAAAUGGUUCAUCAUUUCCAUUAAAAAGAAGGGACCAAAUGCUUGACUAUAUAUUAACUUUAAUGGGACGAGAUGACAGUGAAAGCUUUUCAGAUACUAGUCUGGAACUUCUGGGCACGCAAGUUAGUAAUACUUUUGGAGUUAUUGUGGCUACCUUAGGGUUCUUUGCUUUACCAAAUGAUCCAAUAGAUGUCGUCAAUCCUCUUAUUGACAACCUCAUCACUCUCUUGUGUGCGAUUCUUCUUACAAGUGGAGAAGAUGGGAGAAGUCGAGCAGAGCAGUUAUUGCACAUCUUGAGACAAAUUGAUCAGUAUGUUUCUUCACCUAUGGAUUAUCAAAGGAGAAGAGGUUGUCUUGCAGUACAUGAGAUGCUUCUCAAGUUUCGGACAGUUUGCAUCACUGCACAUUGUGCCCUGGGCUGCCAAGGAAGUUGCACGCACAAGAAGCAAUUUGACCGUAACUUGCAUGGGAACUUUUCUAACUUACCAUCGGCUUUUGUAUUGCCAAGUCGUGAGGCCUUGUCAUUGGGAGAUAGGGUCAUUAUGUAUCUUCCACGUUGUGCAGACACUAAUUCUGAAGUUAGAACAGUCUCUGCUCAGAUUCUUGAUCAGCUUUUUAGCAUCUCACUUUCACUUCCACGGCCUGAAACUUCCAGUUAUGGUGUGGACAUAGAAUUGUCCUACAGUGCUUUAUCGUCCCUUGAGGAUGUCAUUGCUAUUUUGAGGAGUGAUGCUUCUAUAGAUCCAUCUGAGGUUUUCAACAGAAUUAUUUCCUCUGUCUGCAUAUUACUGACAAAGAACGAGCUUAUAGCUACUCUGCAUGGUUGCACAUCAGCUAUAUGUGAUAAGAUCAAGCAAUCAGCUGAAGGGGCCAUUCAAGCUGUAAUUGAGUUUGUCACAAGAAGAGGGAAUGAGCUGAGUGAAGCUGAUGUUUCAAGGACGACCCAAGCUCUGCUGAUGGCUGCGACCCAUGUAACUGAGAAGCAUUUACGUCAGGAAACUCUUGCUGCUAUUUCUUCUCUAGCUGAGAGCACUAGUUCGAAAGUUGUCUUCAAUGAAGUUUUGGCUACAUCUGGAAGGGAUAUAGUAACAAAAGAUAUAUCCAGACUACGUGGUGGCUGGCCAAUGCAGGAUGCAUUUUAUGCAUUUUCCCAGCAUACAGUUCUUUCAUCUUUGUUCCUGAAGCAUGUGAUAGGUGUCUUUGGCCAGUAUCCCAUCCCUAAAGGUGAUUCAGUAAAAGGAGACAAUCCUAGCCAUUUGGUUGACGGUCAAAUGGAGGAUGACAUUCUACAAGCUGCUAUUAUUGCUGUCACUGCAUUUUUCAGGGGUGGUGGUAAAAUAGGCAAGAAGGCUGUUCAACAAAAUUAUGCUUCUGUUCUUGCUGAACUCACUCUCCAAUUGGGAACUUGUCAUGGUCUAGCUAGCUGUGGUCAACAUGAUCCAUUACGGGCUCUUCUAACUGCAUUCCAAGCGUUCUGUGAAUGUGUUGGAGAUCUUGAGAUGGGAAAGAUUCUGGCUAGAGAUGGAGAGCAUAAUGAAAAUGAGAGGUGGAUCAAUCUUAUUGGAGACAUAGCGAGCUGCAUCUCUAUAAAAAGACCAAAAGAGGUUCAAAGCAUAUGUGUAAUUUUAAGUAAAUCAUUAAAUCGACACCAAAGAUACCAAAGGGAAGCUGCAGCUGCUGCAUUAUCAGAGUUUGUCCGCUACAGUGAUGGAUUUGGCUCCCUGUUGGAGCAGAUCGUGGAGGUGUUGUGUCGACAUGUAUCAGAUGAGUCUCCAACAGUUAGGCGCUUGUGUUUGAGAGGACUAGUACAGAUACCUUCAAUCCAUAUGUUGCAGUACACAACUCAAGUUCUGGGUGUAAUAUUAGCUUUACUCGAUGAUUCUGAUGAAUCUGUGCAAUUAACUGCAGUCUCUUGCUUACUCACGAUGCUUGAGUCAUCACCCAACGAUGCAGUGGAACCCAUUUUGCUUAAUCUUUCUGUACGGCUUCGAAAUCUUCAGAUAUGCAUGAACCCAAAGAUGCGAGCUAAUGCUUUUGCAGCUUUUGGAGCCUUGAGCAACUACGGAAUUGGGGCACAGCACGAAGCAUUUCUUGAGCAGGUACAUGCUGCCAUUCCACGCUUGGUCCUGCAUUUGCAUGAUGAUGAUGUUAGUGUGCGACAGGCUUGCCGGAGUACUCUCAAACGAAUUGCCCCCUUGCUGGAAAUGGAAGGAUUGUUGCCCUUGUUCAACAUGCAUUGCUUCAAUCAUGAUCAUCGAACUGACUACGAGGACUUUGUCAGAGACCUCACAAAGCAAUUUGCUCAGCAUCUUCCCUCUAGAGUUGAUACUUACAUGGCAUCGACAAUACAGGCUUUCGAUGCACCGUGGCCAAUAAUUCAGGCAAAUGCUAUAUACUUCUCCAGUUGUAUGCUAUCUCUGUCAGAUGAUCAGCACAUUUUGACUCUCUAUUAUGCACAGGUAUUUGGAACAUUAGUAGGCAAAAUGAGCAAGUCAGCAGAUGCGGUGGUGAGAGCAACAUGUUCUGCUGCUCUUGGUUUGUUAUUAAAAUUCUCGAAGUCAUCCUCAUGGAAAGCAGCUCGAGUUGAUCGUGUGGAAUCAGGUCGAAGAAGCCAUGAUUCUUCAGCCUAA